AUGGCAAAAUGUCGUUUUUUUGCGUUAGAAAUUAGAGAAUUUACAAGUUAUUUAAAUUAUAGAACAUUAGAAAGAUUGAGAAUUGUUAAUAAACGAUAUUUUCAAAUAACACAAAAAUUAUUACAAGUAAAUGUAUUUGAUAUUGAUGGUAAACGAUUUGUUAAUUCUCUGAUUGAAUCAAACACAAUUAAUAUUUUACCAACAUAUACACCUCCUACGAGCAAUCAUCUUUUUAAGAAUUUGAAUUGGGUUGGUUCAAUUUUUGGAAAUCCAACAAUAAUUUUUGAUUAUAAUGCUGUUGUUUCUCCUAGUCAAAUGGAAACAAUAAUGCAAAUUAAAAAUGCUAAACGACUUGAGGUGGUUAUGGAUGUUGAUUCUGUUUUAGGUCAUAAAAGUAGAGUUGAAAAAAUAGUUGAUCAAUUUCCUCAACUCAAACAACUUAAGUUAUCAAUUGAUCCUGGUGAUGGAAAUGAAAAUCAAAGAGAUGCACUUCAACAUUUAACUAAAUUAGUUCAUCUCACUUCUCUUCAAACAUUUUCAUAUCAUCAUAAUUUCAUAUACUUUAAUAAACUUAAUUAUCUUAACAUAUUUAUUAAUGAUAGUAUUGAAUUAGAUUACUUUCUUAAUGACAUUCCUCAACUUAUUACUGUCCAACGUCUUACUCUUAGAACAAACAGUGAAUUCCAAUUACCACAUUCCUCUAUACUUCAAUUAACAUCAUUAAAUUCACUUGAAAUAUUAAAUUUAUCAAAGUGCAAUUUCAAUUUUAGUAGUGAAUUGGUUUCAUUACAAUCAAUUUAUAGAAUUAAAAAGAUUUUUCUUUCAUUUGACAUACACAUUACUAAUGAAAUUAUUGACCAACUGUACUUAUUUCCUCCUAUCUUUAUUAUACAACUUAGUUUUACAAUUGAUGGUAAUAAUGAACUUCCAAAUAGAUUACUUCCACCUAAUGUUUGUAUUUCUAAUGCAACAAUACAAGAAGUAGUUCAAGAAAAUGAUUUUAUAACUUCAGUAAUAUCAAAAGCCGAUGUAUUAACAACAGAUAUAACUAAUAUUCCAUUUAGUCCUAAUGCAUUAAUUAUUAUUUUAAACCAUAUAACUGAUUCAAGAUUUCUAAGAUUUAAUAAUACUAAUUAUUUAAUUUCUGUAUUACUUUGUGGAGAUUUAAGUGAUGAUUCAAUUCACUCACUUCUUACAUUAAAAUAUCUUAAAAAAUUUAAAUUAUUUGAUGGAAAAAUAUCUACACUCUCUUUCCUUUCUCAUUUUCAUUUAGACACAUUAGCAAUUGUUGAUUGCACUUAUCCUAUUAAUGACUUUCAUUAUAUUACUGAACAUACUUCACUUUUAGUCAUUACAUUAUUAGUUUCACAUGAAUAUUUGACUCAAGAACAAAAUUCUAAACUAACGCAAAUGCCAUUUCUUCAAAUGCUACGAACUUAUUAUUGUUCAAUGUCAAUUGAUAAAAAGUUCCAUCCAUUUAGAAUUCAAUACUAA